AGAAAGAGACAAAAAGGGAACUAGGCAGUGUGUGUAUGAAUGUGCGGGAGAGAAAGAGAGAUUGAAAUAAAAGUGGAGAAAAAGGAAAAGAACGUGAAAAAGAGAAAGAGAGAGAAAGAGAGAAACGUUACAAGCCAUGCCGCACAGUCUCGCCUGAACAAAGGAAGGCUCCCUCAACCGAGGGUCGUUUCCGAUCGACGAACCGUCGGUUCCCCUUCGUUCGCCUUCGGCGCGCCUCGUGCGGCACAAGCGUUUACGAAGCGGUCAGUCACGUAGCAGCGGCCGAGCUGUGAGGAACAAAGAACGGAAGGAACAGAAAGAGAGAGAGAGUACGUCAAAAGAGCGAAAAGGAAGCGUACGUCUGUGAACCGGCUCGCCGGCGAAUAAAAAAAAAAAAAGAACACAAAACAAAGGAAAAAAGAAGAGGCAAAUUGACCAGUAUUAUUGUCCUUGUUUCACGGAGUUUCGUUCGUCAAAGAAUACGAUAGUCGACUGUCAUAUAUCAAAUUUUUCCAUCGAAAGAGGCUCAGUUUGUACACGAUACACAUCGUUCCGUUUCGCGUUGUGUCGUGCAAGAAUACGUUACAAACCGAAGUUGACUGGAAUACCGAAGAGGCGCCCUUCUCGCGUGUGUGCUUUCAUUUUCGUGUUCCGCGAGCCCUCUUCGUGGAUUGAAGCAAGUCACCGAAAGCGGCAUACACAAGUUGGAUUUUUAAUUGGCAGUCCUGUGCGUGCGUGUGCGAGUAAUAUUCGACGAACCGGCGACCUAACCUCCAACGACCGCUCUCCAAAGGGUAGACGCAUAAUAACCGACGGUGAUCAUUGUGCGGACGCGUUAUAAACCGAUCUUCACGUGCGUGGUAAAACAACGUCCACAGUGACACGUAGCAGCCAAAUAAAGACAUAUAAGUGACUAGAAGACACGAUCUCUGUUCAAUCAACUACAUAAGAUAUCUUUUUCUACUCGCCUUUACUUUUACUCUUCGAUUCGCUUUAAUGUGACAUGUUGUGCUACAAAUACACAGUGUACGCUUGAAUACUAGAGGAUUGUUUGAUCGAAAAGCAGCGUUCUUCCGUUCGACUACGUACGGAUUAUCCUCGUAUUUACGGUGAGUCCUGUGGUAUUUUCGAGUGGUGCUGCAUCGAAACGAUAAAUCUGUGAGAGGCCAUUGCAAGGUUUACCAGAAUUACACAUUGAGGGGAUGCCGGUUGACUGAAGAUGGCCUCGCCGACACUCUCGCUGGAAUCGCGCGCGAAUUCCAUCGGAUCCCUGGCCUCGCUGUCCCCGGUUACAGUGAGCGGCAGUUCUCCGCCUGCGAGCGACUCGGCGAUCUGCGACGUCGACAGCUGCGAUCUUUGCCUGGAUUCACAGAAACCUGGAGAGGCGCCCUGCCCACGGUGCCGAUUAGGAAGCGCCGGGGGCGUACGCUGCACCGGCUGCAAAUCCACCGAAUCCGACGCUGUAGCACGUUGUUUCGAUUGCGCGAACUUUCUCUGUCCUAACUGCGUAAUGGCACAUCAAUUCAUGCACUGUUUCGAGGGCCAUCGGGUCCUCAAUUUGGGGGAUUCGAAGCUGGAGACGGUCACCAGUUCAACCAGCAACAACGAGAUCCCGAAGAACAACUUGGUGGUUAACGGUGGCGGCAACAACGGCGAGAAAGUCCUUUUCUGUUCUCGUCACAAACAAGAACUACUGAAAUACUUUUGUCGCACUUGUACCGUACUAGUCUGCAAGGAGUGCACCAUUACCGAUCAUCCAGGCCCGUUGCACGAUUGCGCGCACAUAUCCGAGGUAGGAAACCAGCAGCUCGAAGCGAUGGCAAGAGUGGUCCAAGAGUGCAGAGCCAAAGCGGCGGAUGUUAGAGCCGCAGUGAAGGCGGCCGAUCACGGGGCCGCACGGCUGCAAGUGCAAUAUCACAAAGCGCAGAACGAAAUCAACGACACGUUCCAGUUUUACAGAUCCAUGCUCGAAGAGCGCAAGCAAGAAUUGUUGAAAGAGCUCGAAUCGGUAUUCUCUACUAAACAAAUAUCAUUGGGCGUGUUGACGCAAAAGGCAAACGACAUGGCCGAUAAGAUGCUUCAGACAUGUGAAUGUGUUGAGCGACUGACCAAAUACACAACUGUCACCGAAGUACUAAUGGUUAAAAAGCUUCUCGACUCAAAGCUUCAGUUACUGUUGAAUUACACACCGGAUAUCGCUAAUCAAACCGUCGACCUUGAGUUUGUCAGUAAUUAUCAAGCUAUUCAAGUAGGCGUGCGAAACACGUUCGGCUAUGUCCGAAGCAACAACGAGAACAACGCAGGACCGAUCGGGAAACAGCCGCCCAUUGCUCGACCAACGGCACUCACGAGUAAUGGCAAUGGCGGAAACAAUGUUAACAAUGGACCAACUAACGCCGGCUCUUUGGGCGGUCUUCUUUUAGACCGACCCUAUAGCAACGGCUUGAUAUCAUCUAACUCGACCUGCACCUCCACUUCGCCUUCGUCGUUUGACACCAACAGCAGUGUCAUCACGAAACGUUUUAGUUCGGCCAACAGCCUUGGCCCGUUUUCGACGACGAUUAGCGAUCUUAAUUUGAACGGCAUGAACGCGAAUCCUUACGAAAAAUGGAGCAACGGAGGUAGCGACGCUUAUCCGGUCGUUACCACGAACGAUCACUUUCCGAUGCCAGCAUCCGUCGCUGUUGCAGCAAACGCCGCGUCCGGCGAUUCCGUUCUCGAUCUGACCUCGAAAUUAAUGUCCGCCGCCGCGAUAUUUCCACCUAAAUCACAGAUCAAACGGCAAAAAAUGAUCUAUCAUUGUAAAUUCGGGGAGUUUGGUGUCAUGGAGGGUCAAUUUACCGAACCAUCGGGAGUCGCUGUGAAUGCACAGAACGACAUCAUCGUCGCGGACACGAACAAUCAUCGCAUUCAGAUCUUUGAUAAAGAAGGCAGGUUUAAGUUCCAGUUCGGAGAGUGCGGCAAACGAGACGGCCAGCUGCUCUAUCCGAACCGAGUAGCUGUGGUGAAAACGUCUGGCGACAUAAUCGUUACCGAACGUUCGCCGACUCAUCAGAUACAAAUCUACAACCAGUACGGUCAAUUUGUGCGUAAAUUUGGAGCGAACAUUCUGCAGCAUCCACGAGGUGUGACGGUCGACUCGAAGGGGCGCAUCGUCGUCGUCGAGUGUAAAGUGAUGCGCGUGAUCAUCUUCGACCAAGCCGGCAACGUGCUUCAGAAAUUCGGAUGCUCGAAGCAUCUCGAGUUCCCGAACGGUGUGGUCGUGAACGACAAACAGGAGAUAUUCAUCAGCGACAAUCGUGCCCACUGCGUGAAAGUGUUCAACUACGAAGGCGCCUAUCUUCGGCAGAUCGGCGGGGAAGGGAUCACGAACUACCCGAUCGGGGUAGGGAUUAACGCAGUUGGCGAGAUACUGAUAGCAGACAAUCACAACAACUUUAAUCUGACGAUCUUCACGCAAGACGGUCAACUGGUAUCGGCUCUUGAGAGCAAGGUCAAGCACGCCCAGUGCUUCGACGUAGCUUUGAUGGACGAUGGAUCGGUCGUGUUGGCCAGCAAGGAUUACCGACUUUACAUUUAUCGUUACGUACAAGUACCGCCGAUCGGCAUGUAGAGCAUCGACAAACCGCGACGCCGACGAUGAUCGUCGAUCGUCGUUAGCAUCGGUGUCGUUGUUGCCAGAGUUACAACGGCCACCAGACCAGGAUCUCAUCGAUCAUUUUUAAUAUUACACUUGCCUAUCUUCUUCUUUGCCCACCUACCAUCACCGCUCGUGCUCACUUUACCUAUCUACCUUCGCCCGCUCGACCCACCUUACUCCCGUUUAACGAGACGCCGAUUACGAGGACCGAUCUGUAAGCGCACACGAGCGAAACCAAGUGUUAAUCGAGUUAUCGAGACUCCAUACGACAGGUUUUACACGGAUACGCCCGCGUCUGUAGAAAAUGCGCGGCAAGGAGGUAAAACAGGUUGCUACCUUAACGAUUGGAAGACCUGCGAGAAGGGUCUGGCAACCGGUGAUCCGGACUUAUCGGUUAAUUUCGCGCACUUGGCUUUGUCGCGAGUCCUCGGCAGGAGGAUGCAUUGCGUUGAACGAUUUCCUGGAACAACGGAGAAACAAAUAUGAGGGAAAAAAGGAGAGAAAAGGAAAGUACCCGAUGGUGAAUUAACGCUCGCGUGACUCGUACGCAUGCGUACGUGCACGCGCGUGCGCACGAUAAGUUUAUAGAGAAAAAGGAUAAAAAAGUACCAGGCGAUUUCGGGAACGCCAAUUUUGUUGCGUGCGUUGGACGUACGGUCGCACGCGCCAAUACUGAAAGCCACACGAGACGCGUAAGCGCGUACACGCGGAAAAACUUACUUGUUAAUGUUGUUAUAUCUGAAAAUACUGUUGUUGUUGUUUAGUUGUAGAGCUCGCCGCCGCUAGUCACUCCACCCUAUCCUCCUUACCUCUCUCGUGCCUCCGUCCCCGUCCCUCGACAAUCCUUUCCUAAUCCGACCAUUUUUCCACCCAGUUUUUUCUUUUUUACUUUCGUGCAAAACCUUCCUUUUUUUCCUUUUCGAUCGAAAGCAAACCGCGAGGGGCGUAUAUACACAUAUAUUUUUCUUCUCAUACGUCUCGGAUGUAUCACGUUCCUACACGUAUUUUCCUGAAGUCGUGAAAACGAAUGUAUACCCGUCCGCUUCUGACACGGUUCUUCUGACUGUCGAUUCUUUCGAUUUGGCUUGGGACUUAAACUCGGCUUACUUAUCGCUCGAACAAGAACAGCCUUCGUUCGUUUAACUCUGAUCCAAAGCGAAAGAAUUUUACCAAUUUGACGUCGCUGGAUCGCAGAGAAACGAGGCGCGCGAGAGCUUGUUUCGUCGCUCUCUCUCUGUCUCUUCCUCUCACGUACGAGUAUACGAGUUCGAACAAACAAAAAUAAAGAUAGCACGAAGUAAGUACUCGAUCGAACGACGGUGGUCAUUUUUCAGGAACAGUAUCUAUCGGCGUCGUCCGUUUCACGACGUUUGUUUCAGAUUCUCGAAGGAUAUUUCCAGUUAACGGACAUCGGUGGUCCUUUCUCCUGAAUCCUUUUCCUUUCUCCUCACACGUCGUUUUAUUAUUAUUAUUAUUAUUAUUUCUUUUUUAAGUGGUUAAGCGAAUAUACAUAUACGUACGUGUUUUUUUCUUCUUAAGAAUCAAUGGAGAUCCUUCUUGACGAAGCGUUUAGAAACUAUGACAGUGACACAACAGUCCAGCAUCGUUUUGUCCGUUUACUUUGACCUCUUCUUAGUUUCCUUUCAUUUCAUUUUCUUUUGUUUUGUCUUUGACAGAUGCUUAAGUUUGUUUCUAUCUUCGUACGCGCGUGAUUUUUUU